UGAGAGCCACUGUCCGUUGUGUUUCCAGGUCACUCACCUCGACACUAGCCUUGGAGCACCAGACAGGCCAACAUAUAAUAUGGACUUUAUGUCAGCCUUAUCACUAUGACGCAAAUUCUCCCUGUCACUAAAAAAAAUCCACAAUGGUGUCAGAUAUUGACUUUGUCCUGUCACAAAGAUGUACCGCCCUUUCCUGAUUUAUUAUUGAGCUAUUUCCAAGCCCCCAGCUGAAGCCCUGUAGUUCAAAGAUUACAGACUGUACAGGCCAAGACCUUCAGGCACAGUGUGUGACGGUACAAGAUUGAUUCAACUGUGGGUUGAUUAACUGUCGCACCCUUCAACCUACUUUGUUCAUGAUUAACCCUAUUGUUUUCUAAUGGUUCUGCUUCACUCAAUUUUCUACAGAGACCCAGCAUGUCGUGUAAACAGCAGGGCUUCCAAAGGUGCGUUAGUAGAGGUGCCCAGUGAAGAAGGAACAGAAGAGGAGUUUAUGAAUAAAGAGAGAGACUGACUGAUUGACACCACUGAGGAUGAAGAAGAGCAGAAGUGUGUUAGCGGUGUCACCAGGCGGUGACACCAAUGAGACCCCGGGAGUGUUCGGCAGCACUCUUGGAGUGGACCUUUGCCGGGGCCGCAGGCGUCACUCGGGCACGCUACAGCUGCCCCCGUUGUCAUGGCGACAGGCGGAGAGGGAUCUAAGCCGCGCGCCAGAGGGGGACACCAUGGCCCGGCCCACCACCCUGCCCUUCCACCCACUGCCACAGAUCAACAUCAUCCACGCCGACCCCGACAGCUUCGAUGUGGAGAAUGGCCCGUCUGCGUGCUGCAGCCCCUCGGGUCUCCAGGCGUCCCCUGGCUCCGGCCUGGUCCUGCACCCCAACCUGGGGGCCCACGGGCAGCGCCGAGAGUCCUUCCUCUACCGCUCUGACUCGGACUACGACCUGUCGCCCAAGUCUCGCGAGUUGUCCCGGAACUCCUCUAUCGUCGGAGAACUGCAUGGAGAAGACCUGAUCGUGACCCCCUUUGCUCAGGUUCUUGCCAGUCUCCGCACGGUACGGAACAACUUCACCACCUUGACCAAUGUACAAUGUACCUCCAAGAGAUCACCUGCUGGCCCCCAGCCUCCCGUCACCAGAGUCUGUCAGUCAGACGAGUCGUACCAGAAGCUAGCCAUGGAGACCAUGGAGGAGCUGGAUUGGUGCCUGGACCAGCUGGAGACCAUCCAGACCUACCGCUCCGUCAGCGACAUGGCCUCCAACAAGUUCAAGAGGAUGUUGAACCGGGAGCUGACGCACCUGUCGGAGAUGAGUCGCUCCGGCAACCAGGUGUCAGAGUUCAUCUCCAACACCUUCCUUGACAAGCAGAAUGAGUUGGAAUUACCGUGCCCCAUGGCCAAGACCAGAGAGUGGAAGAAGAGACCCCACCACCAGACCCAGCUGGAGGGUCAGGGGACCUUGACCCAGAUCAGCGGGGUCCGGAAGCUCAGCCAUUCCACUGGGCUCCAAGGCAGCAGCAUCAGCCGCUUUGGGGUCAAGACAGAUCAGGAGGACCUGCUGUCUAAGGACCUUGAGAACAUCAACAAGUGGGGUUUGAACAUCUUCAGGGUGGCCGAGCACUCCCACAACCGCCCGCUCACAUGCACCAUGUACACCAUCUUCCAGGAGCGAGACCUGAUGAAUACGUUUAAAAUCCCUACGGACACCUUCGUGACCUUCAUGAUGACCCUGGAGGCCCACUACCACUCAGACGUAGAAUACCACAACAGCCUCCACGCUGCAGACGUGGCCCAGUCCACACACAUCCUGCUCUCUACACCCGCUCUGGACGCCGUCUUCACGGAUCUGGAGAUCUUGGCGGCCGUCUUUGCGGCAGCCAUCCAUGACGUGGACCACCCUGGGGUCUCCAACCAGUUCCUCAUCAACACCAACUCAGAGCUGGCCCUGAUGUACAACGAUGAGUCUGUCCUGGAGAACCACCACCUGGCUGUGGGCUUUAAGCUGCUGCAGGAAGACAACUGUGACAUCUUCCAGAACCUGACCAAGAAAGAACGCCAAUCCCUCCGCAGGAUGGUCAUAGACAUGGUCCUGGCCACAGACAUGUCUAAACACAUGAGCCUAUUGGCUGACCUGAAGACCAUGGUGGAGACCAAGAAGGUGACCAGCUCUGGAGUGCUGCUGCUGGACAACUACACAGACAAGAUACAGGUGAUGCGUAACAUGGUUCACUGUGCUGACCUCAGUAACCCCACCAAGUCUCUGGACCUUUACCGUCAGUGGACCGACCGCAUCAUGAACGAGUUCUCCCACCAGGGAGACCGCGAGAGGGAGAAAGGCAUGGAGAUCAGCCCCAUGUGUGACAAGCAUACGGCUUCAGUGGAGAAGAGCCAGGUGGGUUUCAUAGACUACAUCGUCCACCCGCUGUGGGAGACAUGGGCCGACCUGGUGCACCCAGACGCCCAGGACAUCCUGGACACCCUGGAGGACAACAGGAACUGGUACCAGAGCAUGAUCCCUCAGAGGCCCUCUCCCCCCUUCUGCACCGGUGACGGAGAGGGGGACGGAGAGGGAGGACACAGAUUCCAGUUUGAGCUGACGCUAGAUGAUGAACAGGAUGGAGAGAUGGGAGUGGAGGAGGGCGAGAGAGGGACGGAAGAGGGGUGGUCGCCAGUUGAACAGGGCGGAGUGUAGAUGAACACACGUGGGGCUUCCCCCACAUAAUGAGUCGUGACCUGCUAUCUUCAUAAAUGGAAGCACCAGUUUUAGGUUGUGUUUCACAUCUUGUUUUACUGCAGUGGAGGAAUCCUGCAAUCUGGCUCUUUGGCGUUGCUCUGCUUAUGCACUAGGGCCUGACUGGCUUUGGGCCCAUGCAGAAGAGGGUGGGGAACCACAACACUUGAUUUGGGAGCCCUCAGGAAGAAGAGUAUGAAGAGUUGAAGAGUGAUGCCUUGAAGGAGUCCUGUUGAAAAUGCUAGUGUGUGACAGAAUCUUGGUUUUUGGUAGCCAGAUAAUACAAUCUUUGUUCUGACAAAUACUGAAGAUGACACUAAGCUAGGCGAAGACACUCUGUUGCGUUCAAUUGGGACAAGAUGAAAUACUUGCACUUCAGAGCGAUCUUUGUUCUUCGUGACUAUUUUCGAGUACAUGUUUUGUUUUGUAACAGGAUGGGUUGUUGCCGGGUAGCAUCCUAUGUUCAAACUAGUGAUCCACAGGUGUUUAUAACAAAGAACAUCUACCCAAAGAACAUCUACCCUAAGAACAUCUACCCUAAGAACAUCUACCCUAAGAACAUCUACCCUAAGAACAUCUACCCUAAGAACAAGUGUUUAAAGACUUUUGUGUGCCUUUUGUUGUUUACGACAGGGUAUUUUGGACGUGAUUUUAUAAUUUAUUGAACAGGUUUGAACACGUCUUCCUGAUGUUUUUUCGGCAAUAGUCGCACAAGUUGCACUUUUUCUAAGGGUAGGAAGGGAGCUGGGAAAAUGUUUAAACUAAAGAGUCAAUAAAUCUACUAAUGAGAGGUUCUUCAUUACAGCCAAUUCAUGACUCUAUACAUGUAUUGUUGUAUGGUACCUCACACAUUUCAAAUCAAUAUCAACAAAUGCCACAGAACCUACAUGUUCCAUUUUCACAGCAAAAGGCAGUUUGCAAACCUGUUACUUUUGAUUUUACAUAUUUGCUUCACCGUAAAGCAAUGAUCUCGAUCUUUUCCCAUGUAAUCUGUCAAAACCAAGACGCUCCAAAGACGUCCUGAUUAAUGCACAUUAACAGCCGAAUGGAACUCUGCCCUAAGAGAGGUGUAUUGCCAUACCUGAUUAAAACUUCAAUCAAAUUUCUUCAUAUAUAUAUAUAAAUAUAUAUAUAUAUUUUUUUUUUUGUAAUUUUCCAUAUCACCCUUCCAAGAAUGGAAGAGGUGUAAAUUUGAUAUCUUAAUAUAAUGAAUGCAUAUAAUUAAAUAAUUGAGGCCAAUCAAAGUAAACCUUUGAAUGGUUUCUUUCCAGACAGAGAGAGAGAGACAUCUGAUAUUCUGAAGCCCAAGACCAAAGUCAAAAAAACAAACCUCUAUUCAACAAUGUCUGAUGUCAGCUAAUGUUACUAUUUUGCCAUAUUCUCCUUGAGCUGACGAGGUGUCAGGAUAUGGCAAAAUAGUUUAGGCAGAAAUGGCAGAACAAAAACUAAACCAAAAAACAAAUGUCAUCUUUUUAAAUGUUGAUUCAAUGAUAAUUUAAUGUAAAUCUAAAAUGUCCCCUGUAGUUUUCUCCAUAAUUUCUGUCAAGCACUUUGACCAGUUGGAUAGCUCAGCGCCUAGUUGCUAGUCUGUCAGCAAUACAUCUAAAUGGUACUGCGAUGUAAACUGCAGCUCUCAGCUGUGGGGAGAUCAGCAGAACAUCACUAUGUGACAACAUUUCCCACAUUUACUCUGUGUGUGUGUGUGUGUGUGUGUGUGUGUGUGUGUGUGUGUGUGUGUGUGUGUGUGUGUGUGUGUGUGUGUGUGUGUGUGAAUGAGGAAAACUUAGCCACUCAAUCUCCUCUUCUUUUCACCUAGUUCUGUGUCAAACCUUGAACUGUCUGAAACAGUGUAUUUAUAAUCUUUCAUCUGUAAAUAGAAUAAUAUUUAUAAAAUGUACAUUUGGUAUCAUUUAUAUGCACUACCAUUACUUGUCAAAACAAGUCAAACAUUUGUUCAACUGUAUAAUCCUCAAGAUUUACACAGAACAUUCUUAAACAGCCUUUCAGAUUCACAAUGGUGACAUUGGUGACAAUGGUGACAUUGGUGACAUUGGUUACAAUGGUGACAUUGGUGACAAUGGUGACAUUGUGAAUUGUUAAACUGAUUGCCAAGAAAUGUCAAUUGCCAACUUGAAUUUCUCAAUAAAUUGUUUUGGGGAAAUACUCUCAAACUAAACCAUUCCAGGAUUUGAAAUUCAAAUGGUUGGUUAGGAUCUGGAAAUCCCUAAAUCUACAGUAGUCUACAGUAGUCUACAGUAGUCUACAGUAGUCUAUAGUAGUCUACAGUAGUGUACAGUAGUUUAUAGUAGUCUACAGUAGUCUAUAGUAGUCUAUAGUAGUCUAC